UAAACGAAAGGGCUCACUCAGAAACCCUAAUUAUAAAAAUCAAUUUCUUUUUCAUCCUUGCAUCCUCUUCUUCCUCUACCCAAGCCGGAAACUACACAAGGAAGAAGUGACCUUUGCUGUGAUCGAUCAUAACAAUGUCGAGGAGAAAGACGAGAGAGCCAAAGGAGGAGACAGUGACACUUGGACCAGCUGUUCGUGAUGGAGAGCAAGUCUUCGGUGUUGUCCACAUCUUCGCUUCCUUCAACGACACUUUCAUUCACGUUACUGAUCUGUCUGGACGUGAAACCCUUGUUCGUAUCACUGGUGGGAUGAAGGUGAAAGCUGACAGGGAUGAGUCCUCACCUUACGCAGCUAUGCUUGCUGCACAAGAUGUUGCUCAGCGAUGCAAGGAGCUUGGAAUCACCGCUAUGCACGUGAAGCUCCGUGCCACUGGUGGAAACAAGACCAAGACUCCUGGUCCCGGUGCUCAGUCCGCUCUUAGAGCUCUUGCCCGAUCCGGCAUGAAAAUUGGCCGCAUUGAGGAUGUUACUCCGAUCCCAACGGACAGUACCCGCAGAAAGGGUGGUAGAAGAGGAAGGAGGCUCUGAACAAUUGUGUUUCAUUUUGUCAGAACAAUGUUUGUUGAGUUUAGCUCGUGUUUUGCCAUUUAAGCUCAUUUGUUUCAUUUUGUCAGAACAAUGUUUCUUUUGAACUAGGUUCCAAGUUGAAUGUUUUUUUGUUAAAUUUGAACAACAUUUAUCUACUA